CGACAAUCAUGGCGCCCCAAUUUGAACCCAUGAAGAAUGACCUCAUUCUCCGAACUGCGCGAGGUGAGAAGGUGGAGCGACCACCCAUGUGGGUAAUGCGACAAGCUGGACGAUACCUCCCCGAGUACCACGAAGCAAAGGGCAAGAAUGAUUUCUUCGAAUGCUGCCGGUCACCCGAGAUCGCCUCGACACUCACCCUGCAACCUAUUGAGCGCUACGAAGGUCUCAUCGAUGCCGCCAUUAUCUUCUCCGACAUCUUGGUGAUACCGCAGGCAAUGGGUAUGGAGGUUAUAAUGGUGGAUAAGAAGGGUCCGCACUUUCCCGAGCCAUUGCAGUCGCCGGAGGACAAGCAGUAUAGGGAGAUUAUGGAUCGUAAAGUCGACGUGAAGGAGUCGUUGGACUACGUAUACAAGGCCAUUACCCUCACACGACAAAAGCUUAAGGGAAGAGUUCCAUUGAUUGGUUUCUGUGGCGCUCCCUGGACGCUGAUGAGCUACAUGGUGGAAGGUGGAGGCAGCAAGUUCUUCAUCCAAGCGAAGACAUGGUUGUUCAAGCACCCAGAGGAGAGCAAAGCGUUGUUGCAGAAGAUCGCAGAGCUUUGCGUGGAGUAUCUGGCACUUCAAGUGCAGGCUGGAGCACAGAUGGUCCAAGUAUUCGACUCAUGGGCAGGAGAGCUCUCGCCGGCCUCUUUCAAGGAAAUGUCUCUGCCAUAUCUUACCCAUAUUGCAGAUAACCUUCCCCGAAGGUUACAAGAGCUUGGUCUCGAGCGCGUCCCCAUGACUGUCUUCGCAAAAGGAGCAUGGUACGCCUUGGAUAGUCUCUGUGACACCAACUACGAUGUCAUCGGUCUGGACUGGCUGCACGACCCUGCGGAAGCGUACAAGAUUGCACGCGCGAAGGGAAAGACCCUCCAAGGAAACGCAGACCCGGGUGUCUUGUACGGCGGACGGGAAGCAAUCACCAAGGUCGUGAAGGAAAUGGUCACCGGCUUCGGUGGCGGCAAGCAGGGAUGGAUUGCCAACCUGGGUCACGGUAUGUUGAGUCCGAGUUGCAUUAAUUGAUGUGUUUUGAUAUUGACUUUUCCUAGGAAUUACACCGUUCGUCAAUCCCGACGAUCUCAAGUUCUACUUCCAACAAAUACAUUUCUAUACAUCCUCAUAAGUCGUCUCGGCGGCCGUAUCAAAAGUCAAGAUAUAAUCAAGU